AUGAGGUUAUUUUUCCUGCUUGCUCUACUGGUUCUCUGCCAUGGGAAACCAUACAAGCGAAUCAAUGUCAUGGAUCUACUGAAGAUCCAUGACAUCAUGCAGCAGGAUGCAGGAGACGAUGAUGACGAAGAUGAUGAUGACGACGGUGAUUAUGAUGAUAAUAAUUUCCUGUUAGACUGCCCCUUUGCGUGCCAGUGUUCUUUGAGGGUUGUUCAGUGCUCAGAUCUAGGUUUAACAUCGGUGCCAGAAAACAUUCCACCUGACACAUUGAUGAUUGAUCUCCAAAACAAUGACAUUACUGAAAUCAAGGAGGAUGAUUUCAAAGGCAUGGGAAAUCUCUAUGCCCUGUUUUUGGUCAACAACCAGAUAUCCAAAAUUCAUCCAAAGGCAUUCAGCAACAUGGAGAAACUCAAGCUUCUGUACCUGUCUUACAAUUUACUGACACAAAUACCUGUAAAUCUCCCAAAGAACAUUCUGGAGCUGAGGAUCCAUGACAAUAAGAUCAGUAGAAUCCAAAGGGAAGCAUUCAAAGGGAUGCAGUCCUUACAUGUUCUGGAGAUGAGUGCAAAUCCAAUCACCAACAAUGGGAUUGAACUGGGAGCUUUUGACAGUAUGUCCACCCUUUACUUGAGAAUAGCAGAAGCAAAGCUUUCGGCAAUACCAAAAGACCUCCCAUCAUCACUUACUGAACUUCAUUUGGAUUACAACAAAAUCGCCAAAGUAGAAGAGGAAGACCUGCGCAGAUACAAAAAGUUACUAAGGCUAGGGCUGGGGUUUAAUCAAAUCAAGUCUGUUGAGAAUGGAACAAUGGCCAACAUCCCUAGCAUUAGAGAAAUCCAUUUGGAUAAUAACAAACUGAAAAAGGUCCCACCAGGCUUGAAUACACUGAAGUACUUACAGGUUGUGUACCUUCAUGCUAAUAGCAUUAACAGUGUGGGGGUGAAUGACUUCUGCCCCAUAAGAAGCAGGGUGAAGAAGACCCUCUAUUCAGGAAUCAGCCUUUAUGCCAACCCUGUGAAAUACUGGGAGAUCCAGCCAGCAACUUUCCGUUGUGUAUCUGGCCGCAGGGGGGUGCAACUGGGCAACUUUGGAAGGAAGUGA